UGAGUUAGUCACUCCCGAGUUGCACACCACUGCUGUCAGUUAAAUUGCAAAAUUAUUGAUUGAAUGUAUACUUUUUCGUAAAAAUACAAUAAUUUGAAGGAAAAUGGAACACUUUAUUAAUUAUGACAGCGUUACAGCUUAUUACUUUGUUACGGGUGGUUUAUUUUUGAUGUAUUUGGCUUUUCGUAUACUUUAUUCAUUGAUAGUACAAAAUAAUUUUAUGCAAACCCAAUACAGAGCUUAUGGUCAUACUUGGAGAAGUAUUCAGUGUAAUAAGUCAAUCCCCUAUAAUAUAUACUGUACAGUUUGUGAGAAACUUAUGUUGGCUGUAGUUGGAUUGUUUUGUGAGUGUUGUGCUGUUAGUGCAUGCAAGAAAUGCUACAAGACAGUGGAUAAGAGAUAUAAAUGUAAACAAUUAACUUGGCCUUCUAAUAAAAUAUUUCCUCAUCAGUGGGUUGAUGUUGGAAUUUCAAGAACAGACAUUGCUGAAAAUAAUGAUCAUAGUGAUGAUAGUACUAAGAAAUAUUUUUGUAGCUGGUGCCAAAGAAUAAAGUUGUGUAAUAAUACUAGGGAUUUGAAAACUGAGCAAUGUGACUUCCAUAAAUAUAGCAAUAUUAUCAUUCCACCCACAUCAGUACAAAUGGAGAAAGGCAAUGUUAUUAGUAUUCAGCCGGUUAAUAACAGCAAUUGGGAACCUCUGAUCAUUAUUGCAAACAGGAAAUCCGGCAGCAACAGGAGUGAUGAGAUACUUUCAUUAUUUAGAGGAUUACUCAAUCCAAUUCAGGUGAUUGACGUAAGCGUGACCUCCCCUGAAAGUGUGGUGCGGUGGCUCCCUGAGAAAUGUCGUGUGUUGGUCGCAGGUGGGGACGGCACCGUUGCUUGGGUACUUAAUGCUUUAUUCGCUGCGCCGCACAUCAAGGCGGCCGUGGCUAUCUUCCCUAUGGGGACCGGUAAUGAUCUGUCUCGUGUGCUCGGCUGGGGUCCGGGCUGUCCGUCAUACAUUGAUGCACAUUCAAUCAUUAGCAGCAUAAAACAAGCAACAGUUGAACAAUUGGACAGAUGGAAAAUUAUUAUUAAACCAAAGCGUGGCCGUCUCGGUCGGCGGGCACCGGAGCGUAUAUUGCACGCUUACAACUAUGCGAGUAUUGGAGUAGACGCUCAGGUCGCGCUCGACUUCCAUCGCGCCAGGACGCAGUUCUUAUAUCGAUACGCAAGCAGGACCCUUAAUUACAUAGCGUACGUGUUUCUGGGCGUGGGUCGUGCGCUGGACGACGGCGGGUGCGAGGGGCUGGAGCGGCGGGUGCGGUGCUGCGCGGAUGGCGUGGCGUUGACCCUGCCGCCGCUGCAGGCUCUGCUCGCACUCAACAUACCCUCCUGGGGCGCAGGCGUGCACCUCUGGAGUAUGGGAAGUGAAGAUGAAGUCGAAGAACAAAGCAUGAGCGAUGGAAAAUUGGAGGUGGUCGGCAUUUCGUCUUCAUUUCACAUUGCAAGACUUCAGUGCGGUCUGGCUGAACCUUAUCGUUUCACACAAGCGUCCAAUCUCAGAAUUGAUCUAGAAGGUUCGUGUGCGAUGCAAGUGGACGGCGAGCCCUGGAUGCAGGGUCCGGCCACUAUUUUAGUGGAGCCGGCUGGACAAAGCACCAUGCUGAGAGCGAACAUAAAAAGAUCUGAAUGUUAAAAAAAAACAAUUUGUCUCAUAUUUAUUAUAAAAAUGUUGGUCUUGUGAAACGUGACUCGUUUUUUAAUUAUAUUUUAUUUAAUACGAUCAUUUACCUUAAAAACAAAUCAAAACUAGUAGGAAGGAAUGAAAAUUACAGAAACAUUUGUUUAAGAAUGCGGAAAAUUAAUUAGAAUUGUCAAUUGUUCAUGGUCACAUUAGAAUUCUGACUUUAGCACAUUGCGGAGAUAUGAUCGUGUAUUUGAAAUAUCAAUUCAUCAUCGCUGUCAGUAUCAAGUUGAAUGUAAUAAUGAUGUUAGAAUAACAUUAAUUUUGCUAUCGGAUAACUUGUGAUAACACGACUGCUUCACCUUGGCUUUCAAGAGAACAAAACAUGCGUAUCGGGCGUGACUGUAAUUUAGAUAGAAAAAGAAUGUGAUUACAAAAGUAUGCAUUGUAAAUACAUACAUAUGUAAGAAUAAAAUUGCAAUUGUUCAAA